CUUUUCUACAGGAUCAUGAGUAAGUUCUUCAUCAGGAAUUCCACUUUUAAACACGAUUUCCAAAAAAUGAAGUUGAAAUAAAGCAGAAAGAUGGCUUCAACAGAAGCAUAUACUAUCGAUUAACAACCUCUGAGCUCAAGGUGUUUGCUGUAAUGAUGUCAUCCUGUACUCCUCUUCUAUUGGCUGUCUCAUGCUGUGUGAUUACUCUGACAUCAUCACUUAACCUGGAUGACCCCAAUGUCUGCAGUCACUGGGAGAGUUACUCUGUCACCGUGCAGGAGUCGUACGCACACCCAUUUGAUCAGAUCUACUACACCAGCUGCACAGACAUCCUUAACUGGUUCAAAUGCACUCAACACAGGGUGAGCUACAGGAUGGCAUACCGUAGGGGUGAGAAGACAAUGCAUCGACGCAAGUCUCAAUGCUGCGCAGGAUUCUAUGAGAGCAGAGAUAUAUGUGUCCCUCACUGUGCUGAGAAAUGUGUGCACGGCCGCUGCAUGGCCCCCAACACCUGUCAGUGUGAGCCGGGCUGGGGCGGAGCCGACUGCUCCAGUGCAUGUGACAGCAGCCACUGGGGUCCUCACUGCAGCAACCGGUGUCAGUGUCAGAAUGGCGCACUGUGUAACCCCAUCACUGGAGCAUGCAUCUGUGCACCCGGGUACCGCGGCUGGCGCUGCGAGCAGAUCUGUGAUCGUGGCACUUACGGCAACAACUGCCAACAGAUGUGCCAGUGCCAGAACAAUGCCACGUGUCACCACAUCACAGGAGAGUGUGUGUGCAGCCCAGGAUACACAGGAGCAUUCUGUGAGGAUCUGUGUCCUCCAGGUAAACAUGGAAGUCAAUGUGAGGAGCGCUGCCCAUGUCAGAACGGCGGUGUGUGUCAUCAUGUGACAGGAGAGUGUUCAUGUCUUGCCGGCUGGAUGGGGACAGUGUGUGGUAAGCCGUGUCCUGCAAGGCAUUUCGGUAAGAAUUGUUCACAGGAGUGUCAGUGUCAUAACGGAGGAAGCUGCUCGCCAUCCACUGGACAGUGUGUGUGCACUGCAGGAUACACUGGAGACAGGUGUCAGGAUCAGUGUCCAGUGGGCAUGUAUGGUGCGGGCUGCAGUCAGUCGUGUCACUGUGUAAACGGAGCGCAGUGUUAUCACAUCAGUGGCGAGUGUCUGUGUGAGGCGGGUUACACCGGCGAGAGCUGUGAGCAGCGCAUCUGUCUUGAUGGACUGUACGGACCCAAGUGUGACAGGAAGUGCCCGUGUCAUGCCAAAAACACACACAGCUGUCAGCCGAUGUCGGGCGAGUGUUCGUGUGAGCCGGGCUGGUCUGGUUUGUACUGUAAUGAGACGUGUGCUCUUGGAUUCUAUGGUGAGGCGUGUCAGGAGGUGUGUCACUGUCAGAACGGUGCCGACUGUCACAGCGUGACUGGGGAGUGUAUCUGUGCGCCCGGAUUCAAGGGCACAGACUGCUCGUCACCCUGCCCCGCUGGCACGUACGGCAUCAACUGCACCUCUGUGUGCUCCUGUAAGAACGCAGAAAUCUGCUCACCUAUAGACGGAUCAUGCGUCUGUCAAGCAGGUUGGCACGGGGUGGAUUGCUCAAUUAACUGCCCCAGUGGCACAUGGGGUUUAGGCUGUAACCUGACAUGUGUGUGUGGUAACCGUGGUGCAUGCAGCGCUCUGGACGGUGGGUGUACGUGUACUGCAGGCUGGAAAGGAGACCGCUGUCACCUGCACUGUCAGGAUGGAACGUAUGGAUUGGACUGCCGUGAGCGCUGUGACUGCAGUCAUGCAGAUGGGUGUCACCCGGAAACUGGACACUGCCGCUGUCUGGUGGGCUGGACAGGCAUUCAUUGUGACAGUGUGUGUGCUGAAGGCCGCUGGGGGCCCAACUGUUCUCUGUCCUGUAACUGUAAGAAUGGAGCGUCGUGUUCACCUGAUGAGGGGGCUUGUGAUUGCGCACCCGGAUUCAGAGGAAACACCUGCCAGCGCAUCUGUUCACUGGGUUUCUUUGGCCAUCGCUGUAGUCAGGCGUGUCCGCAGUGUGUCCAUAGCAACGGCCCCUGUCACCAUGUGAGCGGCCAGUGUGACUGUCUGCCGGGGUUUAAAGGGGCGCUCUGCAACGAAGUGUGUCCCAGUGGCAGGUUCGGUAAGAACUGUGCUUGGGGUUGCAGUUGCACUAAUAAUGGCACAUGUAACCCCAUCGACGGCUCGUGUCAGUGUUAUCCCGGCUGGAUCGGCAGUGACUGCUCACAGCCUUGUCCUCCUGGUCAUUGGGGUCCGAACUGCAUCCAUACAUGUAACUGUCAUAACGGAGCAUUCUGCAGUGCGUAUGAUGGGGAGUGUAAGUGUACAGCCGGCUGGACGGGUCUGUCCUGUACACAACGCUGUCUGCUGGGUUUCUAUGGUAAAGACUGUGUUCAGGCGUGUCAGUGUGAGAACGGCGCUGACUGUGAUCAUACCUACGGUCAGUGCACAUGUCGCACCGGCUUCAUGGGACGACACUGUGAACAGAAGUGUCCCGCCGGCUCAUAUGGCUAUGGCUGUCGUCAGGUGUGUGAUUGUAUCAAUAACUCCACCUGUGAUCACAUGACUGGCACCUGCUACUGUAACCCCGGCUGGAAAGGCACUCGCUGUGAUCAGGCUGGUGUGAUCAUCGUAGGUAAUCUGAACAGUCUGACCAGCACUGCUCUUCCUGUGGACUCGUAUCAGAUUGGAGCGAUUGCUGGAAUCAUCGUGCUGGUGCUGCUAGUGCUCCUGCUCCUCCUCCUCUUCAUCAUUUACCGCAAGAAACAGAAAUGCAAAGAAUCCACCAUGCCCACAGUCACUUAUACUCCCAACAUAAGAGCCAACAGCGACUACGCUAUCGCAGAGUCACUGCCACAGACUAAUGACGUCCUUCCCAACAGUAAUUAUUUCUCCAACCACAGUUAUCACACAUUGACCCAGUGCACCAGCCCACCUCACAUCAACAACCUGCCCUAUGGAAAGCCAAAGAGUAACCAGUUGUUUUUGAACCUAAAAAAUGCUGGGCCGAGGAAAAGGCUUUCACUGCUUGAUCACACAGGAACUCUACCAGCGGACUGGAAACAGGGCGGAUCUCUCAACGAGCUCGGAGCAUACGCCAUUGACAGGCAUUACAUGGGAAAGUCCCUUCGAGACCUAAUGAAGAGUGUAUCCUAUCAUGCCAGUUCCUGCUCUAUCAAUAGUUCAGAGAACCUGUACGCCACAAUCAAAGACCCUCCGCUGCUAAUGGCCAAGAGCUCUGAGUGCGGUUACGUGGAGAUGAAGUCUCCUGCUCACAGGGACUCACCAUAUGCUGAGAUACACGGCUUGAGUCCUACCAACAAAAAUGUAUAUGAAGUUGAGCCAACCAUUAGUUCUGUCCACACACACUCUAACAACAACUACAACGGACCAUUUUGUCAAGAUCCAUAUGACCUACCAAAGAACAGCCACAUCCCAUGUCAUUAUGACCUAUUACCCACAAGAGACAGCACCUCCUCACCCAAUGAGGACAUGGACAGGAAAUAAACAGCCUUCAAGGACAAUACACAUGUAACAUGAUCAUUUCAUACAUGUCUCCACAUCUAUUUUUUGUCAUGCAUUGUUAUAAUCAUUCUUAGGCCACGUACACAUAUGUUUUCAUCUUUUUCUCUAUGUUUUGGUCUUCUGUCCUCGGUUGUUCAACCCAAAACAAUCAAGAUGGUGGCCAAAGUUGUAGCAGCAUUGUUGUGCCUGAUAUUCAUAUUGAUAGUUUUAUCAACCUUUGUACAACCUUCACAUUGCAUUUCUUCAAAGACGAAGGGAAGUUUAUUUGAAAUUGCUGUCCAGCGAUGCAAAACGAAGACGACUCCGCUCCAGACCGUAUGGAAGAAGCAAACUUUAAAUUCACGCCAUUAACUUGAUUCAUUUGAUUCUUCAAUAACAAUGCAUUGCACAAAUACAGAACAGUCCUCUGUGUUUCUGUGACAAUUAUAUAUAUGUGUGAUUAUUCAAUAUUAGACAUUUCUUUUCCUUUUAUUCUGAUCUUCAGUAUUUAGUAUAGUAGCACUGUUUAUUAAGAGCAAACUGUCAGCUCAAUGAUAUUUUAUUGAACAUUUUCUCUCUCUUUUUUAAUAUUUAAUUUUUUUUGUUGUUGUUGUCAGAAAGCAUUUCAGGUUUACCAAAGAUUGAUGUGCCAUGAUAAAGUAGCAUUUUUGUUGUAUUUAUAUUUACAGUCAUCUAUUAAGUAUAGAUUACAAUCGGCAUUUCCAAGAUUAUUAUUAUUUUAUUAUAUUUUGUUUUGGGGGGGGGGGGGUCACUGAAAUGAAGAUCAAAAACGUUAUAGUUUGUAGUAAGUGAGCUGAAGCUGGACUUUUGUAAAGAAAUCUGUGUGGUCAUGAGACAUGAGUUCAGUUGGAUAUGGAUAAGAGUAUUGAGGACGUUCAUAUGUGAGUCUUAAAACACUCUGAGCCUUUUUAAGAAUUGUAAUUGUAUAAAUCUAAAUAAAGUGCCAAUUCUUUUAUGAAUUGCAAUUAUUUCCUUUGAAAAUGUAACAUUAAAUUCCUCUGUAACUUUACCAAUACUGUUUAAUGCUUAAUUCACUAAAAAUGCCACACAAAGACAUGGUAAAUAAUACUGGUUCCAAAAGGGAGUUAAAAUGUGGAACAACUGCAGUGUGUUUGAAUGUGUAUGUAUGUUAUCUUUCAAACUAUAUCAUUGUUUUUUUUUUAAGAAACGCAUAAAGUUGCACAACUGUUGUUAUUUUCCCUUCCUAAAGAGCUCCUAGACAGUUAGCCUAUAAAUGUACCUUGCAACCAUGUUUUUUCACAUACUUUCAAUUUUUGCAAUUCAGCUGUUAUAUACUGUAUGUGCAAUUGUGCUUUAACAUAAAAUUAUAAAAAUGUGUCAAGUUGGCAGUAGGGUGGUGUGAGUAAUAAAUAUAUGUUAGCAUCAUUGUAAAUAUUU